GCCCGUUCCACUUUCGUUCGCGUUCCUAUCACCAAACUGUCAACAUGAAUGAGCUGUCGUUGAUCCGAAAAAGAUAAUAAAAACGAAAAGAAUUUACUAUCAGUGGGAGUGUUUCCGUAUUUUUGUGCAAAUUUAAAACAUUUUCAUCAGCUCAACAGAAUGGCCGCAACGCUCAAACCUUAUCUGACGGCAGUCCGACACACCCUGACUGCGGCGAUGUGCUUGACCAACUUUUCCUCCCAGGUCGUCGAACGGCACAACAAACCUGAGGUGGAGGUCCGUUCCAGCAAAGAGCUGCUCCUGACGCCGGUGGUCAUUUCGCGAAACGAAAAGGAACGGGUACUGAUCGAAACCAGCGUCAACUCCGUUCGGAUUAGCAUCGCCGUCAAGCAGGCGGACGAGAUCGAGAAGAUCCUCUGCCACAAGUUCACCCGGUUCAUGAUGAUGCGGGCGGAGAACUUCAUUAUUUUGCGGCGGAAACCGAUCGAGGGAUACGACAUCAGCUUCCUGAUCACCAACUUUCACACCGAGCAGAUGUACAAACACAAACUGGUGGACUUUGUGAUCCACUUCAUGGAGGAAAUCGACAAGGAGAUCAGCGAGAUGAAACUGGCGGUCAAUGCGCGGGCCCGUAUCUGCUCGGAGGAGUUUUUGAAGCGGUUCUAAGAGCGCUCUGGUACGUGUGGGAAUGCAUUUACUAUUGAUCAAAUAAUGGCAAUUGUGUAAUUCGUUUUCUGUUGGAAUUUAUUUUCGUUAUGGAAGUUUCUUUUUAGGAUAUUUCGGAAUCCCUUUUCGAUCUCGCAAUACCACAAAGUUCAGUCUAAAACCUAAUGCUACGCAUGUUGGUGAUUUAUAUCUAAAGCACUUUUCAACCAAGUCCAUAUUCAAGUAUUAUGUAUUUUGUCCGUUUAUGAUGGAGGUUCAAUCCAGUCUAAUAUGAGCCAAAUUUAGGAACAAAUAUAGAAUUUAAAUUAAA